GUACUGACAGUUUGCUGUGUGUGACAGUGUGUAAGAUGUUGCUGCUGCUGCUGUGCUGCUCCUUAUUGCUGCAGCAGGUCAGUGGUGCUCAGGCCGUGGGUAAGGUGGUGGUUGUGAAGUCUGAUGCAGGAAACACAGAGCUGGUAGUGCAUGGUGGUGGAGGCUCUGAGCGUGUGCAGUUCUGCACUUGGCCGUGUAAGUGUGGACCGAGGCCGCGGUGCGCUCCGGGAAUCAGCGCCGUGCUGGACGGCUGCGGCUGCUGUAAGAGCUGCGCACGACAGAUUAAAGAACCCUGUAACGAGCGGGACGUAUGUGAUCCACACAAGGGCAUGUACUGUGACUUCUCACGAGACAAGCCACGCUUCCAGCUUGGGGUGUGUGCAUACAUGAUGGCAGUGGGCUGUGAUCUAAAUGGAGUUCACUAUGAGAACGGCGAGGCGUUCCAGCCCACUCCCCUCUAUAAGUGCACCUGUAUUGGUGGAGCUAUCGGCUGUACGCCCGUGUUUAUCCACAAACCCGUGGUCAUGCUGGUGCCAGCGCCCUCUCAGAGCACCAUGGUCCCCGCUGGGCUACGGGCCAAACCACCACAGGACAGGAGCAUGUCAGCUUACAGGGCUCCUCCUUUAGUGAAGAUGAAGGGAUGUGUGGUUCAGAGUACACCCUGGUCUCCAUGCUCACGCUCCUGUGGCUUCGGCAUCUCCAUCCGCAUCUCCAACCACAACACCAAGUGUGACAUGAGGAAAGAGCGCCGCCUGUGUCUGCUCCGCCCCUGUGACAAAAAGAGCCUGAAGAUCCCAGCGGGGAAAUCCUGCAAGCCGGCGUUCCAGGCGAAGAAGGCGGAGAAGUUCAGUCUGUCAGGCUGCAUGAGCAGCAGGAAGUACCGACCGCACUACUGUGGAGUGUGUGCUGACAAACGCUGCUGUGUCCCAAAUCGCUCAAAGGUAGUGAAGGUGGAGUUCAAGUGCACUGGUGGAGCCAGUGUGCAGUGGAACAUGCAGUGGAUCACUUCGUGUGUGUGUGAGAGAAAGUGCAACAACCCAGGAGACAUGUUCGCCCAGCUCCACUUACUGUGACACACACACACACACACACACGCUGUAACACUCAGCUGUGUCACUGUAAUAAACACUUAAUAACUCA